AUGUUGGAGACCCCUGCUCGAGUCGAGACCAUCCUAACCGCCAAUCAGGGCCGUUGUCCGCCCGGCACGGCUGUCCUGACCCACUGUACCGCCGAAACCCCCACCGCCUGCUCGCCGUGCCCCGACCGGUCCUUCUCAGAACACUGGCACUGGGGCGACAGCUGCCAAUACUGCACGACCGUCUGCAAGGAGAGGCAGCUGGUCAGUCAGGAGUGUAACAGAACCCACGACCAGCUGUGUGAGUGUAUCCCAGGCUACCACCUGGUGGUGGAGUUCUGCAUCAAACACACGUCCUGUCCACCUGGCUUCGGCGUGACUGCUCUAGGUACACCAGAGAUAGACACAGCGUGUGAGGCGUGUCCGCAGGGCCUGUUCUCCAGCCGGAUGUCUGCCAGCGAGCCGUGUGUGCCUCACAGGAACUGCUCUGAGCUGGGCUUGAAGACCCUCCGACCAGGGACCCCCACCCAGAACACACUGUGUGAGAACAAGGCUGAAGGAUCUGUCCUGGAGUGCUCCCAACACCACACACAGUGUCACACUGUCUCUGGCGUCUCUCCGUCUGUCCUCCGUCCCCUGGAGCGUCUCCUGGAGAGCCUGCCUGGGAAGAGGGUGGACAGGAAGAGUCUGGAGAGGCUUAAGAAGGCCUGCUCCCCCCAGCAGCAGAUACUACUCCUGUUGAGACUCUGGAGAGAACAGAACAAAGACCAGGUUAAACUCUACGGCAUCAUUCAAGGUGUGAACCACUGUGAGCGUAAGGUGUCCAGGUGUGCGGGUUUGAAGAACUUGACCCUGGGUGACCUGAUGAUGGUGAUGAAGAGUCUUCCAGGGGUCCGGGCUCACGAGGAAGACAUCAGGGCCGUGGUCUCCUCAUGCCGAUCCCAGCAGUACCUCCUGCAGCUCCUACACCUUUGGAAGAACCAGAACAAGGACCUGGACAUCAAUAAGGGUCUGGCUCACAGCCUGAGCAGGCUUCGGCAGCAGGGGGCACCACGCCCACUCCUCAGGAGCAUCAAGAAGAUCAACCGGAUCAUCUCCACCUCCUCCAUACACAAGAUGUACGAGAAGAUGUUCCUCAACAUGAUCGAGGACGGGACCUGCUUCAACACCAAACCCUUCAACCAAUAGGAGAAAUGGGGCGGGUCUAAGGUGGGGGAGGGGGAGGGGCAGAACUGGGUUUCAAAUACUUAAAAAAUGUAGAAUUUGUUAGAGUCUGCCUGGAGUGUCAGAUGGAUGGGGUUUGACGUUUUGUGAUGUUUCUAUUGGUUUAUUGCUCCAGACAAGCUCAAUCAGGGUCAGAUAAAGGUUGUAAAUUCAUGUUUCAAGUAUUUGCAACCCAGGUCUGAUGGGGGUGGAUCCUAACGUCCACUUACGUCAAAUUUUCACUUGGUCUCCCAUUGAUAUCAAUGCAUGACUAAGUGAAAAUUCCAUUAAAAUGUAAAUUAGGAUUAGUCCUAACUGUGUGAAAAAACAGGGUUGGGGUCAAUUUAGUGGAAAUUCAAUUCAUGAGGAUUUUUAUUUCUGUUUGUGAAUAUGAAUUUGAAUUCACUUGCUGAAUUGACUGAAUUAAAAAUGGAAUUGAUUCCAACCUUAGCGAAAAGAGAAAACUAUUUAAAAUGUGUAUAUAGUCUGGUGUUUUUAAGGUGAGGUAGAGGGGUGAUAGG